CUAAUUAACUUUGAUAAUUAUUUUGAUAUACGACUGUAAAGUCAUUUUGGAUUUAAUAUUUGAAUUGUGUUCAAACAUUAUUUGAUUGAGUGAUUGAAUAAGAAAUAUGUCGACGAAAUGGACCGAUACUAAGAAGAAGACAGUAGUGAUUGGUGUGGAUGUGGGCAGCGGUAGUGUCCGCGUGGCUCUCAUCAAAAAUAUGUCGACGAAAUGGACCGAUACUAAGAAGAAGACAGUAGUGAUUGGUGUGGAUGUGGGCAGCGGUAGUGUCCGCGUGGCUCUCAUCAAGUUUGAGAGCGGAGUCAUUGAAGCAAAACCUUUGGCCACUCAUAAGAAGUCCAUUACUGCCCACAACCCUAAGGCUGAAUGGUAUGAACAAAAUACCGAUGAAAUUUGGGACGGACUUUGCUAUUGUGUUCAGGAGUGUUUGAAGGCAUCAAAAGUGAACAUUGAAGACAUCUCUGGCAUAUCAUUCUCCGCCACCUGUUCUCUGGUUAUAAUCGAUAAUAAAAAGAAAGGCAAUGAUGUGGUGAUGUGGAUGGACCACAGGGCCAUUACUGAAGCCAGUCUUAUAACUAAAACUAAAAAUGAAGUUCUGCAGCAAAUGGGUGGCAAUGCUUCUCCAGAAUAUUCUUUGUCUAAACUCUUGUGGUUAAAACGUAAUGACAAACAACGGUUUGAUGAGGCGAUAGGGUUUAUGGAG